CCGGGUGACUCCUCCCCGGGGACCCUCCCCCUCUGGGGCGGGUCAUUCUCCCCACCCCUGGGUCCCGACCCCGGCGGCUUCUCGCACGCCGGCCAAGCCGGGGACAAGUCUCGGCCACCUGCUCCAGAGCCCGGGAGCCUGGGGCGUCAUCCGCGCGCGUCGGUGCGUGCGCCCAGGGCCCCAUGGAGUCGCCGGCCAGCAAUGCCAGCUGCGAGAACGGUUCCCUCAUCACCCUCUACUGCUCCUCCCAGCAAGUCCUGUGCCAGAUCGUCGGUGAGCUCGCCCCCCAGAUACCCAGCAAUGUCACCUCUUACAGCUGGCAGGAGAGGUUCAGGAAGAACUACAGCUUCUACGUCGGCCUGGGCCUGGCCUUCCUGUCCAGCCUUCUCAUCGGCAGCAGUGUCAUCCUCAAGAAGAAAGGCCUCCUGCGCCUGGUGGCCUCGGGGGCCACGCGGGCUGUGGACGGAGGCUAUGGCUACCUGAAGGACGCGAUGUGGUGGGCUGGAUUUCUCACCAUGGCUGCUGGAGAAGUGGCCAACUUCGGGGCCUACGCGUUCGCUCCCGCGACGGUCAUCACUCCCCUGGGAGCCAUGAGUGUCCUCAUAAGCGCCAUCAUGUCCUCGUAUUUCCUGGGAGAGAGUCUGAAUCUGCUGGGAAAGCUGGGCUGUGCCAUCUGUGUGGCUGGGAGCACGGUGAUGGUGAUCCACGCCCCCGAGGAGGAAAAGGUCACCACCGUCAUUGAGAUGGCCGCCAAGAUGAAGGGCACAGGGUACAUCGUGUUCGCCGUGCUCCUGCUGGUGUUCUGCCUCAUCCUCAUCUUCGUCGUGGCCCCGCGUUACGGGCAGAGGAACAUCCUCGUCUACAUCGCCAUCUGCUCCGUGAUCGGGGCCUUCUCGGUGUCCGCCGUCAAGGGUCUGGGCAUCACCAUCAGGAACUUCUUCCAGGGGCUGCCCGUCGUGCGGCACCCCCUGCCCUACAUCCUGUCCCUCAUCCUGGCGCUGUCGCUCAGCACGCAGGUCAACUUCCUCAACAGGGCGCUGGACAUCUUCAACACUUCCCUGGUGUUCCCCAUCUACUACGUGUUCUUCACCACGGUCGUGGUCACCUCCUCCAUCGUCCUCUUCAAGGAGUGGCAGAGCAUGUCUGCCGUGGACAUCGUGGGCACGCUCUCCGGCUUCGUCACCAUCAUCCUGGGCGUGUUCAUGCUUCAUGCCUUCAAAGACCUGGACAUGAGCCAGACGAGCUUGCCCCACACGCACAAAGACCCCGCCCCUCCUCCCGCCCCGGAGCCCACCGCCAUUAGACUAGAAGACAAGAAUGUCCUUGUGGACAAUAUAGAACUCUCCAGCACUCCGUUGCCGGAAGAGAAGCCCAAAGUAUUUGUCAUCCAGUCUUCUUAAAGCUCGGAAUCCGCGAGGGAGAGGACGAGCCCUGCGGGACAGCCCGAGUUCUCAGUUUCGGAGCCACCCGGUCAUUUUCAGCACAGCUGUGACCCACGGGCUCUCUUCUCUGAGAUGUUCCUUUAUACCUCAUCGCUGCCUCCAGGAGGAAAACCCCCACCCAGUGAGUGCGUGGUGGGGGCAGAGCUUCCUGGAAACACAGCCUCGGUGACCAAACACCGCACUUACAUCGUCGCCAGCAGGUCCCUGCACCUCCCUUCCCACGUGUUUCCUCGGUGCCAACUGUGUGUUGCUGGGAAGAAGACAGAAUGUGACCUGUUGAAUGUAGCACAUGGUCUAAAGACUGCCCUGGGAUGUCGGUCAUCAGGAAAUCCUCAUCUCUCGUGCUCCUGGGACUGAUUCGCCAUUCCUUAGCCCGAGGGUGACGUGAGGCCGGCUCUGUUCGCCACGCCUCCCCAUCCAGAGCCGACAGAGCGCCGGCUUGUGAAAACUGUCUUGCUGCUUUUUGCCGCUUCCUCUUUGGAGGCAGAAGCAAGGCCUCAGCUGACCUUCUGACUGUGAAAGUCGCCUGAUGUCUCAGGGAAACAUCCACCACUUCCACCAGCCCCGCCUCCCAAGCAGUGCAGCCCGGAGGUCAGCACCUUUGUUCCGAUGGAGUCCACCCACCUGCCCCUUCUCUCUUUCUCUGCACGCCAAGGAGCCAGCCACUGAGAUGCUCGGGCAGUUAUCUCAGAGCUCAGAACAAAGUGACAACCACAAUGAAAGAUACUUCGCAGCCAAGCUCUGCUGGCCAAACCCAGUGUUUCAUUUUGCCUCAGAGAACAGCAGUUGCACUGCUCUUGAAAGUUACCCUGUCGAGCUGUUGACAGAAUGCACUUUUUUUUUCCCUCAAGGAGUAAACCAAAAUGACUUGGGGAGAUGAGGAGGGUGAAGAGCAAGGUCAGGACUUGGCAGAAAGGAGCCACCGGUCCUCUGGAAACCCAGCUAACUUUUGUGUUUACUCCGGUGCUCAACCAAGACCCCGGGUGGAGAGGGCUCUGGGUAAUUUCUGAGCUCCAGCCUUAGAGGCUUGGCCAGUGGGACCCACUUUAAACUUCAGUGACCAAGUGGGGUGUAGGUUUGGCAUGGGUGGGUGCAUUCUGGCUGUUGGUCCAGUUGCCACCAAGCCCUCGACUCCACUGAGGAGCUGCUCACCCUGGGCAGCAGCAGAGUGUCACGAUGCUCCAACACCACCUGCUCUGGGGACUGCCUUUGGUCCCCUCACGUCUGGCCAGAGGAAUUCACAAAGCAAGAGCAUCUGGAGAGAGGUGUAAUUGAUACCCUUCCCCUCCUGCCUUCUUUCUCGCUGCAGGAGUGUGGGAGUUGGUACAGGGACCACCGAAAGGGAAGUAAGGGAGCCGAGUACCUCUGUAAAGAGGGAAGACUUGAUCCUCAGCCCCCAAGUUCGGGCAGCUCCUCCCGUGUACGGUUCCGUCCCCGCGCCCUGUGUUUACAUACUGUGCCCUGAGUGCAGCCAAGCCCAGGCCAGACUCUUGCUGGACUGGAAGCGCUAAGGUUCAGCUGACCACCAGGCUGGCUUCCUGCACCUCCAGCCUUAUAUGCCCAGUUUUUUAAUGAAUGUGGAUUUCUGUCUGUAACUAAAGUCAAUGCAACGUGUUGGGUC